GCGCCAGGAUCGAGGGUCGCUGACUGUGGCCAGGGCGCCCCCAGGGCCGGCCUCGCUGGUCGGGAUCCGGAGGGGAAGGUCCCAGCGGCUGGGGACUCCCGGACAGGACGCCCUUGCCCCGGGGCCCGGACCGAGACCUCGGAGACCCACAGGGGGCGCACUCCGGCCGGCCCCCAUCCCCUGCCCCGCCCGGGUCUCGGGCGGCGCGCCUCGCCGGGCGCCCCCGCCAGUCCUGCCGGAAGAUGGUCAACGACCGGUGGAAGACCAUGGGCGGCGCUUCCCAACUUGAGGACCGGCCGCGUGACAAGCCGCAGCUCUCUCUUCCUGAGUCUGCACGGCAGGCACCCUCGUGCGGGGCAGGGCGCGUCAUUAUUGCCUCCAUUUUACAGUGGCCCAGUUGCGGCUACGUGCUGUGCACGGUGCUGCUCUCCCUGGCGGUGCUGCUGGCCGUGGCUGUCACCGGCGCCGUACUCUUCCUAAACCACACCCACGUGCCCGGCACGGCGCCCCCGCCCGUCGUCAGCACCGGGCCGGCAGGGGCCAACAGUGCCCUGGUCACUGUGGAGAGGGCCGACAGCUCACGCCUCAGCAUCCUCAUUGACCCGCGCUGCCCCGACCUCGCGGACGGCUUCGCCCGCCUGGAGGGCGCCCAGGCCUCCGUGCUGCAGGCGCUGGCCGAGCACCAGGCCAAGCCGAGGCUGGCAGGCGAGCAGGAGAGGGAGCUGCUGGACACGCUGGCCGACCAGCUGCCCCGGCUGCUGGCCCGGGCCUCGGAGCUGCAGGCGGAGUGUGCCGGGCUGCGGAAGGGCCUCGGCGCGCUGGGCCAAGGGCUCGGCGCCCUGCAGAGCGAGCAGGGCCGCCUCAUCCAGAUGUUGUCACCGGUCCCCAUGGCAAUUGCGACAAGGAGGCCCUGGCAGCCCGGCUUCCAGGCUUGGUUACGUCACUUACCCCCUGACGUGUACCUGCUUCUCUCCGAGAGUCAAGGCCACAUGGCUCACCUGGUGAACUCGGUCGGUGACGUAUUAGAUGCCCUGCAGAGGGACCGGGGCGUUGGCUGGCCCCACAUCAAAGCCGAUCUGCAGAGGGCACCUGCCAGGGGAUUGCGGCCCCGGGGCUGCACCAACGGCGCUCCGCCACGCGACUGUCUGGACGUGCUCCUGAGCGGACAGCAGGAGGAUGGCAUUUACUCGGUCUUCCCCACACACUACCCCGCCGGCUUCCAAGUCUACUGCGACAUGCGCACAGAUGGCGGCGGCUGGACGGUGUUUCAGCGCCGGGAGGACGGCUCCGUGAACUUCUUCCGAGGCUGGGACGCCUACCGGGAUGGCUUCGGCAAGCUCACGGGGGAGCACUGGCUAGGGCUCAGAAGGAUCCACGCCCUGACCACGCAGGCCACCUACGAGCUCCACGUGGAUCUGGAGGACUUUGACAACAGCACAGCCUAUGCCCGCUAUGGGAGCUUUGGCGUGGGUUUGUUCUCCGUGGACCCUGAGGAAGACGGCUACCCACUCACCGUGGCCGACUACUCGGGCACGGCAGGGGACUCCCUCCUGAAGCAUAGCGGUAUGAGGUUCACCACCAAGGACCGCGACAGCGACCACUCGGAGAACAACUGCGCCGCCUUCUACCGCGGAGCCUGGUGGUACCGCAACUGCCACACGUCCAACCUCAACGGGCAGUACUUGCGCGGCGCGCACGCGUCCUACGCCGACGGCAUCGAAUGGUCCUCCUGGACCGGCUGGCAGUACUCGCUCAAGUUCUCGGAGAUGAAGAUCCGGCCGGUCCGUGAGGACCGCUAGACGGGCGCGCCAUCCGCGCCUCGCCCCCCCACCUCCUCCCUCCCCGGCCCCGACCCCACCCUGCAUCUCCUCCGACGUCCACCUGCCCGCGAGCGGGUAACCUGCUCUCGCGUUGUCCUCCGUGCUGUCCCCACCCCCCACUUUACCUGUGCUGACGUGGGGCAGGGCGCACUGGCCACCCCCCAUUCGCCCUGCCCAGACUUUGGCUCCUGGGCUACGCGUCUUGACUUCCCUUGGCCAGCAGUCCGCCAAGCACCCCAGCGCCCCUCUACUUUGCCAGUCCAAACACCUGGUGCUUGGGGGGCACAGAGUAGGGGGAGGCGGCACCCCUGCAGCCCUUUGAGCAGACAGAGGGGCUGUUUGGAUCUUUCUGAGUCCGGUCUGAGGCCAGCCUCCUCCGGCCCUCCUGGCCCCCCUCCUUCGCUUCCAUGGUGCCUGGGGAUCCUACCUCUGCCCUAAGGAUGGUGGGGAGCGGUGGUGCGGAGGGCUGCCUGCGUCCGGGGCUGAACAACCAUAUCCCAUCAUUCCCGAACCUAGGCUGGGGCGCAGCUGUCUGUGGGGUCUCAGCCCAAGGUGGCCAGGGCCAGGUCCCUGGAGCUCCCACACACCCCCAUCCACCCCUGUGUUCCUGCAGGCCUGGAAGGUCCUCAGUCCCUUUGGCUGCUGUGCCCAGCCUCCUGCCUUCCUGGGGCAGCCGGAGCCCCACCCCACCCUGUCCUCUUGUCUUGGGGAGGCUGGGGCACGUCCUGCUCCCUCCUGGCCUGGCCAGUGAGGACCUCUUUAUUUUUUGGGCUGCCAUGGGCUUGAACCACAAUCCCCAAUUCCCAGGGACUCCAGGGUCUCAGGGCCUCCUGGCAUCAGGCCUGCGGGGUGGAGGUUGGAGGGGGAGGGGGUCCAGUGGCUGUUUCCCCGUUAGCUCAGAAAGUGCUGUCUCAGGGGGGAGGCCGCCCCCUGCUGGUGAUCAUGGGUGCUGCCACCUCGGGUCCGGGGGGAAGGGAGGGACUCCCUGGGCAAAUAGGGGAACUGAGGCACCACCAGAUGCUCGAAACAAUCUGUCAUUGAAUCCUCCCAAUGCUCAAUGUCCCAUCAUUCUACCCCCAACAAGAACUGUAGGUUCCCAAGGUCAGCGCCCCAGAAGAGCCCCCCUACCCCCCGAUGGAUAGCGCUGCGACCCUGAUGCCCUUGCCCUCAGCCCCAAGCAUGGGUUUUUUUUUCUAAGUUCCUCCCUGUGGAGAUUUGAUGGGGGCCUCUGAGAGGUUCUGGGAGGCCAGCUUGGGAGUGGGGCGCACCAGUGGCCCCCUCAGGCAGGAGGGAGGGGGUGUUUCCUUGUAGGACGCCCGAAGGCAGGUGAACACAGGCAAAGAGGGGAGCGUGGGGUUCAGCUUUCUGUUCCUCUCCCACCAAAGUUGUGCUGCACGAAUUGUGCGGCAGAGUUGGCUGGGGGCAGCAGGAAGGGCUCCGAGUGUGGCCGACUGUCUGUGCAAGCUGGCCGGUCCCCCCGUAGUGCCCCCUGGUCAUGGCAUUCAUCCAAGUUUCGCUAGACAUCAGCUGUGGGCUGAGGCCUGCCUGGGUGCCGGGCAGCACCGAGUCCCUGCCCUAUUGGCACUGGACUUGAAGCAGACACAGCCAAGACAUGGGCAGUGCAGCCCGGUGUGACCCGAUGCUGGGGGGGCAGCCCAGCUGCAGGGGGGCUGGGGCAGUGUGGGGAUGCUGUUUGCGGGCUCCUUAUGACUUGAAGGGAAGACCCCCUGCCAGCCCCCUUCUCCAGCCUCUAGAAGGAGAGCCAGCCCACCCGAGCUGCUGAGACCCCCAGCCACAGUGCUGCGACUGGGUCGGACCCCAAGUCCUCAUCCCAGGGAGUCCCCUUCUCCCCCACUAGCCCCAGGCUAGAGCCGGCUUCUGCUGCCAGCCUCGCGGUGCCAGCCGCUGUUUGGAAAGUGUCAGGCGUUUUCUGAUCUGUCAUCAAACAAACUCCUGGUGAGUGUGGUGUAAAUGGAUUCACAGAUGUGCCUGUGCGCCAGGAAGCUCAGGGGCACUCCUGCCAGGGCUUGGCUGUAGAACAGACAUGUCGCGGCUCAGGCCUGGUGGGGGGGUGGGGGGAGUGUCCGGACGACCUGGAGACACCCGUUCCUUCCUGCCCAAAAGCACCAGCCCCACGCCCAGCCCAGGACUGGCACCAUCAUGGGACAUGGGCCGGGUCCAACGCUGGCUGAAUGGGCACAGAGCCGUCUGGUGGGGCAGCCAAGGCCACAGCACCCCAGUCCCUAAAGGGCACAGCUAGCCCUGCACACCUGCUCUGAGCCAGGGGGGCAGUGGUGAGCAAGGCAGUCUCUGGCCCUGGCCUCCAGGAGCCCCCCUGUGGUGUCUGUGCGAAGGGCCGUCACAUGAGUGGGAGUGACCACAGGACGAAGAGGGUGCUAGGACAGUAAGUCGCAAGAGGCAGCUCCCCCAGGACCUGACGGAUGACGGAUGUGUGCAAACUGUCACCCAGGACCCAGGCUCACCGCACCAGACCGUCUCGAGGGGCCCGAGUUGAUGGUUUGGCAGUGGGGGCCUGUGGUCCCGCUAUCACAUGUGAACGGACCGAGGCCCCUGUCCCUUUCCUUCUUCCUUUGAUGAAGACAGCGAGCCAGGCAGAAGAGGGGGUCUCUACACGGGGACCUCGGGGCAGUGCCUGUGGUCCCACAAGCUUCCGGGGGUUCCUCUCCACCAGCACAGGGAGGUUCUGUGGAACCAGCCCGUGGCCUCGCUCGUUCCGCGGCCCCCAAACCUCGGACGCAUCUCUGAGAGUUAAACCAGAGGCCACCCUGGGCCGCCUGAGCUCGCUGCUAAGGACGGAUGGUUCCCGGGCUCCCACCCUGACGGCCACCAGGACAUACGGACAGCGCUGUGAGCAGGUCCCAAUUGCAUUUCCCCCCUGCAGCCGCAUGUAAAUUAGUUGGAUAAAUGCUUGUCUUGAGGCAGAAGGAGUAUCACAGGCCCCCCUCUUCCUCGUCCCCCGGCUCCCACCGUCGGCCGCCCUCGUUCACACAGGCCUCUGACCGGCCUGGCUGGGGCCAGAGCCCCAUCACCCAGCACGCGGAGCAUUAGUCGGCAGAAGCUGGCAGGCAUCCGCGACACCAGGAGAGGAGGGAGGGGAGAGAUGCUGUGUCUGCGGACACAGGGGGACCGGGGGGGGGGGCCUGAGCUAGGCCUGUGGUCGGCCACAUCCGUCCUGUGCGGCUGGAGGAGCAACGUGCCUGCAGGGGAUGAGCUCAGCCUCGAACGAAGGAUGCGAGGCUUUGGUCCCAGUGGCUGGGUCUCCCCAGGGCCUCCGUGUCUUCACCUGCUUGCAGGCAGAGAGCUGUCCCCAAACCCCGAGUGGGCUGAGCAGCCGGUGGGAUUCCGCAAAGCCAUUCGGCGGAGGUCAGCCGUGGUGGGAUGGCGUGGAGACGUUGCGGGAGCGGGCGAGCCUCAGGCGGUGCCGACGGGCGGCCUGAGCGUCCACGCGGGGCUGGCUGGGGGUUCGCGGAGCUGCUGGAGGGCCGCCGCGUGUCCGACAGAAGCCAGUCCGGGCUGUGCACACUCGGCGUCCUGUGUGUUCCUGUCUCUAAUAAAAUCUCAUGGUGACCUAGCUGGGGCCUCGGCCUCUAACGUCACUUGGGGCCCCACGCCGGACCCCGGGGCGCCUUCCAAGACUCUAUCCUGCACGAUUUCCCCAGACUCCCUCCCCUUUCCUGUCUUGAUUUCUAUUGAAGAAACAUGUCUCCCGGGCACCUCUGUGCCCCCCAGAGGCCGCACCAGACCUCGAGCAGAGGCGGAGGCACACCCGGCCAGCCGCUGGGCUGCUGAGGCCGGCGGAGGG